GUUCCUCGUGUUGACGUCAAGGUGGCAGUGAAAUAAGCGAAAUGCCAUGAAAUCGAACGAUCAACUUGGUCCUCGGACAUAAAUGAAAUUGUGAUGGAAAAUAGCUCUGCAGGAGGCGAUGCUCCUGACGAGGCAGAUGGGGACGUAUCACACCUACCUGCCUAUUGCUCUGGGUGCUUAAACAAAGUAAGCGAUGAAUACAUCCGAGCGCUUAACCAGGACUGGCACAGUGAAUGUUUCAGGUGCUCUGCUUGUGAUAUUGCACUUUCUACUUGGUACUUUGAGAAAGAUGGCCUUCUCUUCUGCAAAGAUGAUUAUUGGUCAAGAUAUGGAGAAUCAUGUCAAGACUGUUCCCAGAUUAUUACAGGUCCAGUUAUGGUCGCAGGAGAUCAUAAAUUUCACCCAGAAUGCUUCCGGUGCUCUUCAUGUUCAUGUUUUAUUGGUGAUGGUGAAUCAUACGCCUUGGUUGAGCGUUCAAAGCUCUACUGUGGUGUCUGCUACAAACGCCAAAUGCAGCCUCUUUCCAAAUCCAUGGCAGCUGCUCCCUUUGUCCGUAAACCACAUUCCAUCCGAUUAGUUGAAAUACCUGCUGUUGGAGACACUGGUCAAAGAGGGAUCAAACUGAGCUUAGAAAGUGCUCAUGGAAGACCAGUAGCAGGCCAAGGCAUGCGAAUAUCCCAGUUCCUUUCUAAUCUACGGCACAAGGUAUACGAAUAUGCAGUGUCCAUAUUGGCAGCAGCCUUUAGGUUCUGCUGCGAACUCCGCUUCAAUCGAUCCAUUCCAUUCAGAUGCCAACCAAGAGCAAUACGAUUGGAUAUGAGUGCAGAUCUUAUGUCCUUACACAUUGGUGACAGAAUAUUGGAAGUGAAUGGAUCUCCAAUUGGAAACCAGCCAAUUCAAGACAUAGAAAACCUAAUUCGAUGCUCUGACCAGUCUCUUCAGCUUACUAUAGAGCAUGACCCUGAUGCUCUGAGUAGAAGACUGCUUUUUCCUUCUCAAAUAGUCAAUAGUGCUAUAGAAGCUCUUGCAGACAUCAGCAAGAAGAAAGAUAAAGAUUGUGAUAUUGUUAACAGUGCUUCAAGUCCAAACAGUUGCAAUACUGAAGUGACAUGUCAAAGUACCAGUAGCUCUAAGCCAGUCUCUGACAGAGAGAGAAUAUUUCGACGGAAAGAUGAGGGCUAUAUGAGUAGCUCAAGAUCAUCCAGACAAUUGCGCAGAAAUCGAGGAAAUUGUGACAAGGAGCGGUCAUCAUCCAUGUCAAGACUAUUGGAAGGAUCUCCACCUGCAAGCAGGGAAGGCCCAUGUGACCUUUCCAGAACUCACUCAUUCAGAGUUGAACCAAAGAACCAGCGUAUUUUUAGGGCAUCGGAUCUUGUCAAAGGAGAGCUUUUAGGGAAGGGAUUCUUUGGUCAAGUUUACAAAGUUACCCAUCGAGAAACUAAUGAGGUAAUGGUUCUGAAAGAGCUGUAUCGUGUUGAUGAGGAAGCACAGAAAAACUUUGUCAAAGAGGUUGCUGUGUUACGUAGCUUGCACCAUAGUAAUGUUUUAAGAUUUAUUGGUGUCCUUUAUAAAGACAAAAGACUCCAUCUGGUGACUGAGUAUGUGCCAGGUGGUACCUUAAAGGACCUAGUACAUGAUCUAUCAGAACCCUUACCAUGGGAGCAGCGGAUCAACUUUGCAAAAGACAUAGCAUCUGGAAUGGCAUAUCUUCAUCAGAGAAAUAUAAUUCAUCGAGAUCUCAAUUCAAACAAUUGUCUUGUCAGGGAGGACAAGACAGUAAUUGUGGCAGACUUUGGUCUUGCAAGAAUUAUUUCACAAAGUCAACCCAAUGUCAAUAUGGGUGCUGAUAGAAGACGUUAUGGCAACAAGCGUGGAGUUGGCAAUAGACGGUGUGAAAGAAAGAAAAGAUACACUGUUGUUGGCAAUCCCUAUUGGAUGGCUCCAGAAAUGAUGAAGGGAAACAAGUAUGAUGAGAAGGUUGAUGUUUUCUCAUUUGGUAUUGUACUUUGUGAGAUUAUUGGAAGAGUGCUUGCUGACCCAGACUACCUGCCAAGAUCCUCAGACUUUGGCUUGAAUCAAACCAUUUUUCGUGAUAAAUUUUGUUCCACUUGCCCUGAACCUUUCUACAAAAUUGCCUUCCUCUGUUGUGAUCUCAAUCCUGACAGAAGACCACCUUUUGAAGUAAUGGAAGUAUGGUUAGAAGGUCUUGCCAUGCACAUUUCUGUUGGUGCCUCUCUUCCUAAUGAUCUGAAAAUGGACAUAUUCAACUAUUCUGGUCGCAGUCCUAAUUCGAGUGAGUCCACCACACCGGAAGCCCGAACGCCCGAGAGCGUGCGUCCCGGGCCCCCAUCCCUCCAUGCUAUAAAGGAAGGCCAACCUAUCACCGCGAACGGCUCGUGUGGCUUUGCUGACACCUGCACCCCAGUUGAAAGCACUGCACUUUAACUUACAUUCUACUGUUUAGCAUUCCAGCUAACAGAAUGGCUAACAUUCUCUUUCAGUGUUAUUCUGCCUGCUUUGUCUUGUGAUAAGUAUUGGCAGUUUUGUAAACAUUCCAUUCUACCUAUCUCCUAGUGUUGUUUAGAAAUUCUCAGCAUAAACAACUUGUACAAACAGAAUUAUUUUUAUUCAAAUCUAACACAAAAGAACUGUUUGUGAAGAAGUAUUUCUGUUCAAAGGCAGCUGUGUUCUUUGUGUGGACACCUGGCCAUGGCUCAUCAUUCCACAAUAUGUGUCAAUGUUAACUUCCGUUAAUAGGAAAUUUAGGAGCUUUCAACAAGCAAUAUAUAAAUGUAUGUAUUAUGUAGAGACGAUAAGAGAUAUGUGAAAUCUCAAGGGAUCAGUUUCAUUGUAGAACAUUGGUUUUUAUAUUGACUUUCAUGAAACUGUUGUUUUAAAAGAUCUGUACCAAUUUUACUUAGUGUGAACUUUUCAUACAUUCCCUUUUCAAUAUUUUUAAUCUUUUUGAAUGUAUAAUGCAAGUCUUAGCUAGGUUUUAGUUUUAGGAAAGUUUUAAAUUAUGCUUGUCAUUAAUAAUCAGAUGAAUCUCCAGAAUUUUAUUUUUCAAUCAAGAUUGAAUUACUUUGUUCUAGUUUUAUUUUUAUUUAUUUAUUCCUGGGAUGGAAAUGGGGGAGUGUUGCCCCCUUCCUGUUAUGCAAACAUUCCACUUCCUGAUUUGGUAGGGGUUAACUUUCCUUGUAGAUGUAGAGACAGGUUGCUACCCGCCAUUUCCUACAAAGUCUCUUAUUUAUUUCUCUCCUCAGUUGUCUGGACUUCUUGACAAUAAUUUUAUAUAGCAUCACAAUUUAGUCAUCUUAAGUUUAAGCACUAAAGACUUUGUUAAGAGGCAUGUUCAACAGUGCAGGAGGUUCUGUACUUCACUGUGCCUUGCAUAACUUUAAGCACUUCUAUGAAGUAGGUUUAAAGACAGUGUCAUGGUUGACUAAACCCUAUGGUGUUGGAUUGUUAGUUUAAAACAUUUUUCAGUUUGUGUGUACUGUAUAUUUACAUCUUAGGACUUGUCUCGAUUGCUUGAUGCUCAUAUGUGUUAUCAUGGUCCUUGGUACUUUUAUUUAAGUUCUAUGUUGUUAGACAACUACUAAUGUUCCUAAAUUUGCCUUGCAAUGGUGCCUUACUGAGUUUGAUGUCUUUGACAUGAGAUUGAAAUGUGUCUGGGAAAGCAUGCUAUAAAAUCUCACGAGUUAGUGAGAUCUCGAACAAGACACUCAGAUACUGUCAUCUUAAGCUUUCAGAGAAUGAAGUAUAUUUUUUAGUAGAAUGCCCAGCUUACUGUUUUAAACUGAGACUGAUUGAAGGCGCCCUUAGCUGAAGAUGAAUAUCAAAUUUGAUUGUCAUGUAUUGUUCUAGGAAUGUUUAAGGCUUCAAUCCUGCUGUAUAAUGUAUUGAUGAUCACAAAUGUGAAAUACGAAUUUGAUUGUGAGUAAUGAUGUAUCGUGAGAUUGUGUAAUUAUUGCUCCAUGCUCUGUGCCAUAUAUUGUGAAAUUAAUUACCAGGUUCCAAGAUGUUUCUAAUUUUGUGACUUGAGGUUCAACCUGACUCUUGAAUAGUGCUAUUGUGCUAUGGCACUGUUCACUGUUUGGAAUUGUGGAUUAGAUUUAUGUAAUUUAGACGCCUGUAUAUAAUUGACCACUUUGUUGUUUCCUUUAUUUUGAACACUUUUAAUCAUUUCUAUUUUGGCUUUGUUUUUAAAAUCAAACAAAACCCUUAUUUUUUGUGGUACAAAUCUAUUACAUUUGGAGCUAUUCCCACACCCAGCCUGCAUGGGUUUAUCUUUGAAUGCUGUUAUAUGCUUUGAAGUUGUUAUAGUUUGUUUUUUUCCUUUGUCCAAUUUAUUUUUAUUUUGUCUAUUUUUUGUGUGUAUUUAACCCAAAGAUAUGUUAAGACCGCUGACCGAGGCCUAGGAUGCCCAAGCUGUAACCGAAUGAAAAUAUUUAUAUGCUAUCAAUCUUUCAUUAGGUUGUAAUUAUUUUAUGAUGAUUUUUUUUUUAAAUUUAGGAUGCUAUGUUUACCAGUUACCAAUUUCUUUGUUUUUCUUUUCACAAUUAUGUUUCCAGUUAUAUAAUAGAGCUUCUUCUAUACAUAUAGAAAUAUAUUAUUCUAAUGAUCAAGCCUGUUUAUUUGACACAUUCUAUGUUUUGGUAUAAUGUAAAAGGCGUCUCAUUCCUGUUUUAGUUCUUUUGCUUACCACAGCUAGCUAUCACCAUUCCCAGCCAUCCCCCUGUUUCACUGUGUCUCUGUGGAUAUUCCAAAAUAUUGAAUGAAUCAAUCAAUAAAAGUACUGGCCUUGGUUUGACUC